GGGACAGGUUGCCACGUGCCAGGGGCUGAGGGUGGCUGCUGGGGGACCCACCGCGGCCGCGCUCACCCAGCCUGCUGGGCCAGCCUCUGUGCUAAGCCAGGCUCCUGCCUCCUUCGGUUGCAUCCUUAGAACCCUAGGCGGUAGGAAUAGUUAUCACUUCCAUUUUACAGGAGAGGAGUGCUCCGAGGUCGUCACUUAUCCAAGGUCCCAGGUUGUAGAAGAGUCAGGAUUUGAACCCAGGUCUGGUUCCAGAGCCUGGCUCUAAACGGCUUUGCUCCUGGGGAGAAGCACCACCCCUGCCCCUUUCCCCUACCUUCCUCCCCCCACUCUCCCCGUGACGUUCUGGGAACUUUGUGGCCUGUGCCUCCACCCUGCUAUGACAGUUCCUUUCAAGAGUCUAGAAUUUGGCAGCACCAGCUUUGGCAGGGGGAGGGGACGGAGAAAGGGGACAGGAUCAAGUGUCGGUACUUAAGCGGCAGGUGGUCAGUAUCGCUGACAGGUGGAGCUGAUGCAGGGUGCUGCCUGGAGUGUCUAGCGUGCCUUCACCCACCCCACCAUCAACUCAGAGGCUAGAGUGAGGCCAGCUGGACGGAGGCCCAGGAGCCAUGGGCGACUGGGGCUUCCUUGAGAAGCUGCUGGACCAGGUCCAGGAGCACUCGACCGUGGUGGGCAAGAUCUGGCUGACGGUCCUUUUCAUCUUCCGCAUCCUCAUCCUGGGCCUGGCUGGCGAGUCAGUGUGGGGCGACGAGCAGUCGGAUUUCGAGUGUAACACGGCCCAGCCAGGCUGCACCAACGUCUGCUACGACCAGGCCUUCCCCAUCUCCCACAUCCGCUACUGGGUGCUGCAGUUCCUCUUCGUCAGCACGCCCACCCUGGUCUACCUGGGCCACGUCAUUUACCUGUCUCGGCGCGAGGAGCGGCUGCGGCAGAAAGAGGGGGAGCUGCGGGCACUGCCGGCCAAGGACCCACGCGUGGAGCGGGCACUGGCAGCCAUAGAGCGACAGAUGGCCAAGAUCUCGGUGGCAGAGGACGGUCACCUGCGGAUCCGCGGGGCGCUGAUGGGCACCUAUGUGGCCAGCGUGCUCUGCAAGAGUGUGCUAGAGGCAGGCUUCCUGUACGGCCAGUGGCGUCUCUAUGGCUGGACCAUGGAGCCUGUGUUCGUGUGCCAGCGCUCACCCUGCCCCUACCUCGUAGACUGCUUUGUCUCACGCCCCACGGAGAAGACUAUCUUCAUCAUCUUCAUGCUGGUGGUUGGACUCAUCUCCCUGGUGCUCAACCUGCUGGAGCUGGUGUACCUGCUGUGCCGCUGCCUCAACCGGGGGAUGAGGGCCCGGCAGAGCCAGGACAUGCCCCCAGCCCAGGGCACCUCCUCGGAGCCUUAUCCUGACCAGGUCUUCUUCUACCUCCCCAUGGGUGAGGGGCCCUCAUCCCCGCCAUGCCCCACCUACAAUGGGCUCUCGUCCAGUGAGCAGAACUGGGCCAACCUGACUACGGAGGAGAGGCUAGCUUCUUCCAGACCCCCCCUCUUCCUGGACCCGCCCCCCCAGAGUGGCCGGAAAUCCCCCAGUCGCCCCAGCAGCUCUGCUUCCAAGAAACAGUAUGUAUAAGAGCCCGGGAAGUCUUGCUGCCUUUGGUGCAAGACUCUGCAGAGAUGACUGGGGCUGGGGAAGCAGGUGCUUGCUGGCCAGAAGGCCUCACUGCAUGUUGUUCUUGAACACCUGGGGCCUUCCUGGUGACCAGAGGGCACCAUAGUUUCCCCUCCAGAAUGUGGCUUUGUCCCAGGCACAGACAGAGGUAGCUUGGGGUGCUCUUGGCCAAGCGUGUUUGGGCACUGUGGUCUUUUUCACCGUGUUCAAAGGGACUCGGAGACAACUUACUCCACCCCCACCCCCGUGGAAGAUUCACCUCUGCCCAGGUUGUCCACACACCCUGUCCUCACAGAAAAAGGCUGGUCGAGGCUGCUGGGUCAGCCUUGAUCCCACACACAGACAGAGCCUGUGCUAGAUCUGGCCGUGUCAAGGGGACUGGGGUCUUGUUCUCAUCACUCCUUCCUAGUUCUGCUGUUUAUCCUUCUAAAAUAAACAGGACUUGACCACAA